ACUAUAAAAGCCAGCGGUGCUUGAGAAAGUUCAGUCAGUGUUCACUUAAACAUUUCAGUAUUAAGUAUAACGACCUUUAGCUCAGUCUUUGAAUAGGAUGUCUGGCAUUUAUCUAUUGGCAUGUAUCCUGUGCCUGGCCGUUGGCAGCAGCCUCGGCGUGAUCCUGGAGGGCAACUACAAUGUGACCUCGGUGUGCACACUGGUCAAGGCGGGCACACAGCUGGGCAGCAUUGAGUCGUGCGACUAUUAUUAUGUGUGCACCCCGAACGGACCCGUGCAGACCUAUUGCCAGGCGGGCUACGCGUAUGACUAUAAGGCGCAAACCUGUAGCCCAUCGUCUCAGGUGCAGUGCUACUACGGCGUGCAAGAGCCCUGCUCUGGCAUCACCGAGGGCUGGGUACCAGUUGAAAACACUUGCAAUCAAUGGAUCUACUGCAAAAAUGGUGUAGCCGGCGGACGCGGCUCUUGCGGUGAACUGACCUUCAGUGCGCAGUUGCAGCGAUGCACUGAGGACAAGUGUGAUAUCUUAGCCCAAGGUGACGGAGUGACUCUUAACAACAUCUGCCAGGUGGUGCCACCUAAUAUUUACUUUGGCGACCCCUACAAUUGCACCAAGUACCAGUAUUGCUACCCAGAUGGCACUUACGCAUCCGGUACCUGCACCACGAGUGCUUUCAUUGUAUCAUCUCAACGUUGCGGGUAUGAUACAAACGGCGCCUGCGAUCGAAUUCAACAAGGAGGAGUGUCCGAAUCAUGCGACACUGUCGGUAAAGCCAGGAGCGAUCCGAAUGUGUGCGGCAGCUAUCAGGUUUGCAAUGGAAAAACCUUUGAGCUGAAGAACUGUCCCAGUGGCCAGUACUUUGAUGUUAAGACAAGCACCUGCUUGCCUCGUCAGUCGGCAGUAACAGAUCCGAGCUGCAAUCGUUGCCAGUACGCGACCACACAGUUUGUGAAUGCUAUCAGCAAUGAUAAUUGCAAUACUUACUACCACUGCAACAAUGGCGUCAAUGGCAACGUUACAAGUUGCCCAGCAGAUUACUUCUUCAACGAACUUCAGCAGGGCUGUGUCCCAUAUGCUGGUCUGCAAAACUAUGGAUCCGUCUAUCCUGCUUGCGCUGGCGCCACAGCUCCAGCGACAACCGCUGCACCGUCAACAACCGAUCCAAAUGCCACAACCGAUCCCAAUGCCACAACCGAUCCCAAUGCCACAACCGAUCCCAAUGCCACAACCGAUCCCAAUGCCACAACCGAUCCAAAUGCCACAACCGAUCCAAAUGCCACAACCGAUCCCAAUGCCACAACCGAUCCAAAUGCGACAACUGCAACAACAAUCGAAGAAUAGCUAAAAAUUGUGACAAACGCUGAGACAACGCUCUGUAUGGAUAUCUUUCAAAUCUUUAGCACUAACCAUAAAUAACUAUCAAAUUAUUUCAAUAAAGCAAGCAAUACAAAAUAA